AUGCGCAUUCCGUACGCCCCAACCACGCCGGCGGAUCCAACGCCGGAGAACAAGGCAAUAUAUGAACGAAUCGAAGCCCGGCGCAAGCCUCGUCCGCUCAUACCGCUCGAUCUCGCUCUCCUGCAUAAUCCUGCCAUCGCCGACGGCUACAAUACUUUGAUGGGCGCCAUUCGGACCAACUCGUCCUUUCCGCUCGUCCUCGCCGAGCUCGCGAUCUGCUACAUCGCGGUCCUCAAUACUGCCGUCUACGAAUGGACGGCACACGCUCCAAUCGCUUUGAAAGCGGGUGCCUCCAGGCAACAGUUGGAGGCAGUGUUGAAUGACGAUGUUAUAAGCGAGGUGUUCAGCGAAGAGGAGAAGGAUGUGUUGGCUUACACGUAUCAAUCGACGAAGAACAUCAAGGUGGAGGAUGAUUUGUUUGAGAGGUUGAAGGGCAGAUACACGGAUCAGCAGGUCAUGGAGUUGAGCAUCACAGUUGCGGGAUACAAUAUGGUCAGCAGGUUCCUUGUCUCGUUGGACGUUACGGAGAGUAACGGAAAGGAGAUGAAGAUGCCGGAGGAGAAGUAA